UCACCUCAACGCACCCCGACCAGAACUCAACGAGGUUAAAAAAAAAGUGUUCAGUUCACACUCGCCUCCUCGUUUUUCUUUCCUAAUUGCUCGAAGCAGAGCAGGUUUGUCCAAAUCAUGUCCAGGAAGAAGGCAGCGAAAGGCAAAGGGAGCUCCAAGAGCCCCAAGGCAUCUCCGAGCAGCGGGAGGACGGGGAAAGGUCUGACCGCAGCCGCUGCUCCGUCCUCCGGACUGGUCUAUCCCAGCAGACCGUCCAUCAGCAACAGCGGAGAGUUUUAUGACAUUUCCUUCAAGGUGAUGCUCGUGGGGGAUUCAGGUGUGGGAAAGACUUGUCUGCUGGUUCGCUUCAAAGAUGGAGCCUUUCUGGCUGGGAGCUUCAUCUCCACCGUGGGAAUUGACUUCAGGAAUAAAGUUAUGAGCAUUGAUGCUGUGAAGGUCAAACUGCAGAUUUGGGACACUGCUGGUCAGGAGCGUUUUCGGAGCGUCACUCAUGCUUAUUAUCGCGAUGCUCACGCUCUGCUCCUUCUGUAUGACGUCACUAACAAAGCAUCCUUCGACAACAUCAGGGCAUGGCUGACAGAGAUUCAUGAGUACGCCCAGCAGGAUGUGGUCGUCAUGCUUCUGGGCAACAAGGCUGACGCCACACAUGACCGGGCGGUGAAGCGAGAAGAGGGGGAGAAACUGGCAAAGGAGUUUGGAGUGCCGUUUAUGGAGACGAGUGCUAAAUCUGGGCUGAAUGUGGAGCUGGCGUUCACUGCUGUGGCCAGAGAACUGAAGCACAGGACCAUGAAGGAACCCGACGAGCCAAAGUUUCAGCUGCAGGAGUACGUCGACAAAGAAAUGAGGACCGCCGGCUGCUGCCGCUCGUAGACCGCAUCCUACGUGCGUGUUGUGUGUAUUUGUGCAAGAGAGAGAAGGAAUACAGGUUCACUCUGUUUGACUAUGUAAUAAGUUAGAGUUUGUGUACCUGGAAAUGGCCUCAAAUUCUCAGUGUUUCUAAUAUUUCUCUGUGGCCAACAUGCUCUCUCUCUCUCUCUCUGUCCUGACCCACCUUCCCUCUGCGACUGUGAAUGUAACAUAAUUCCUGUCUACAUACACAUGCAUGUCUACUCAAACACACACACACACACACACACACACACACACACACACACACACACACACACACACACACACACACACAGAGCUAUGUUUGUAAGCCUGUUUAAUCCAUUCUGUGCCAGUUUCCAUGAGUGAUGUACAUAUUUUAACUGUAAUUUUAAUUUUGUGCCCAUCUCACUGAAAGAAACUAUACAGUAAAAACAAUGUUGAAUAUUAAAUCAGUCUUAAUUAAAUAACAGAAACGAAUUUGUACAAACCACCGCUGCAGAUGAUGUAAGCUGACAAACCGCACCAUGUGCUGUUUAUGUACAGGAUAACAUAUGAUAACUGUUUGAAAAAUACUGAUGUGUCUGUAACCCAUUUGACCUUUUUUUGACCUUUUUAUACACAGUUUAAGUUUGACUUUAGGACUGUGUGAUGCAUUUUUAACUUCAAUGACUCUCCAGCAGUGAUUAACAGAUGAUAUUAAAUGCAUAAAAACAACAUAAUCGCCAAAAGGCAGCAGACAGUCGGUGGCAAACGUGUAAAAUGAAGCGCUGCUCCUGAGAAAUGGUUUUCUACUAAUCCUGUUUCAGCAAACGAAAGAAAAGACAAAUGCUUUUUGUAACAAAAUGUAACCGUUUU